GGGAAAAAGGCAGAGUAAACAGAGAGUGAAAAAGACUGAGAGAGAAGUGGAUAAAAGGCCUGGAGGUAAAGAGAACGACUUGUAGUUUAAUAGCAAGUGAUUCAAAUCUAAUAGAAAUUUAAGAUCCAGCACAUUGGAUCCCGCAUGGCGUACUCAGGUGAAGACACACUCACAGCGAUGAAUGUGGAGAGGAUUAUUGAGUUUAUCAGAGAGGGCGAUCAGAAAGGACUCAAGGCAGAACUACAGCAAUUUAAUCGAGAGUAUGCACAGUGCUUCUUCUAUGAUUUGGAGCAGCGGGACAGAAGAAAAAGGCAGGAGCUGGAAGAGUUCAGAAAGAAUAAAGUGCGGGAUUAUGUGUCAGACUCGGAUUCAGACUACGAUGAGUCCAGUGACCCAGACGUCAUAUUGAGACAGGCUCUGGCUACAGUUCUGAUCAGGUUCCUCCAGACUGAACCGCAAGGGCGUUUGCUGAAAGAAUGUCUGAGAUCCUUACGAAUCCUCUCGAGGGACAAAAAGGUUUUGGGACCUCUCAUCACUGACAGAGCACUGCUCACUCUAGCCCACCUGGGCGGCAUCAGCAAUGCACCUAUUCCAAAAGAAGACACCGACAAUGAUGUUGACCCCUAUGAUGACGUCAUUUUGGCCAUUUCUGAGAGCAAAUUAGGCAGAGCAGAUGAGGAUGAUAACGGUGGUGAGGAAGACGAUGGUUCUGAGGCUGUAACCAGUGAUGUGGUCUGGAGCAAUUGGUGUGGUGAUCGCAAGGCUAGCACGUUUUCAAACAUCAGCCUCGUACCUUCUCGCAGGAGGAGCAGCGUUUAUAAAGCUCUCUCACCCGGUAAAAGAGACAGCAGAGGAAGCGUUGGAGGAGCGGAGGAAGAGGCAGAAAAAGAUGAUGAUGAUGAAGAAGUGACCAGGAAGGAAGUCAUGAAAAUCUUAUGUAACAUUGUUUACAAUAGUGCUUGGGCACAAGAGAGAGCCAGUGAACUCAGUCUCCUCUGUGGUCUGACAGAAAAGCUAAGUAAGGAGUUUCAGUCUGCAUCUUCCCCUUGUGGCCAAUUUUACACGCUCCGGUUCAUGUUUUUACUGACGGCGCUGAGACCUGAACUCAGAACACAGCUGAAACAAAAAGGAGGAGUGUCGCUGUUGACCACAGUGCUGGAGAUGUGUUUAGGUGUACAGUGGAAGGAACAGUAUGAGGUCGUGCUGGAUCCUGCAGCGCCUCCUGUAAGUGUGGAGGACUCACAGCAGGCUCAAGAGGCUCUGAAGAUCCUUUUUAAUAUCACACACAGCACACACACUCAAGAACCUGAAGAGGAAGCUGCAUCUCUCUAUCGCCACCUGGCUGCAGUUUUGCGUUACUGUCUGAUGGUGUCCUGUGAGGAGGAGGAAGCUACAAAUGAGUUAAAGGGGCAUGCAGUGAACAUGCUGUCUGCUCUCCCGUUGAGUUGUCUAGACGUUCUGGUGUCUGUGCCUCUGGCUCCAGACUCACACCAGAUGAACGGAGUCAACAUGGACUGUGUGCAAAACCUUCUCAUGUACAUGGAGAGAAAACUGGAGCAGGGUGAAAAGGUCAAAGAGAGACUGACCCCUGUGCUGAACUUGCUGAGCGAGUGCUCCAGAGGUCACAGAGAGACGAGACUCUACCUUAGACAACAGAUUCUGCCUCCGUUAAGAGAUGCUAGCACUAAACCUGAGAAGGGCAACACCUUGAGGAAUCGUCUGGUUAGACUGAUGACCAGCCUGGAGACUGAGCUCAAACACUGCGCUGCCGACCUGCUCUUCGUGCUGUGCAAAGAGAACGUGAGACGUUUCGUCAAGUAUACUGGAUAUGGGAAUGCCGCUGGGCUCCUGGCCACUAGAGGCUUGCUAGGAGGUCAAAGGUCAAAGGCCACAUCAUCAGGCACACGGUACUCUAGCGACUCCGACUCCGACACCGAGGAGUACCGGCAGGUUAAAGACCGCGUGAACCCAGUGACGGGACAGGUGGAAGAGGAGCAGCCUGAUCCCAUGGAGGGAAUGACAGAGGACGAGAAAGAGGAGGAAGCUCACCGGCUCAUCAGUCUUUUCAACAAACUCUCAAAGGAUAAUGUGAUUCAGCCAAUGGGAUUGAACCAAGCGGGUCAGCUGGUGCCACUGUCAGAGCUCAGGGACCUUUCAAUGGAGGAGAGGGAAUCAGAGGAAGAACACGAUGACCUGGAGAACGUGGAGUAGAUCGGCAUGGAUGUGGUGACCAAAACGAUAUACUUAUAACUUAAAAUAACUAGUCUUAACAUUUUAACAGCUUAAACAUAAAAACAUACCCUUAAAUAUUACCUGAAUAUAUCUAAUUAAGACACUUGAAUUAAUGAAUACACUACAGUUCAAAGG